AUGGCAGAACAUAACACCUCCCAGGAGGCCGAUUUCACUAAGACCAAGAUGAAUGUCAACGUCGAGAGCCAGAAGGAGGAGAAGCCGGUUGGAUAUGGCCCUGAUGGACAGGAGAAUCUUGAUGAUGUCCCAGAUGAGAAUGCACAGGAUGGUGUGAGAAUCGCGGAAGCCAUGACUCUGUCAUGGUCGACCUCCUCCCUUAUCAUCGUCUACAUUUGUAUGUGGCUGCUCUACUUUUGUAGGGCUUUUGAGUCAUCGCUUUCCGCCAACCUGGAUCCCUUCGUAUCCAGCGCAUUCCAGGAUCACUCGCUGUUGCCAGUCAUUUCCGUCGUGUCCAACGUUAUGGCUGGUGCCACUUAUCUACCGGUUGCCAAGAUUCUGAACUUGUGGGAUCGCACUUUCGGUUUUGUAUUGAUGCUGGCGAUUGCUACACUGGGCAUGGUUCUCAUGGCAUCUUGCAACAGCUUCGAGCUCUAUGCUGCUGCCAACGUUUUCUACUCGGUUGGCUUCACAGGCAUGAUCUUUUGCGUCGACGUGGUCACGGCCGAUACUUCUUCGCUGCGCAACCGCGGUCUUGCUUUUGCCCUGACUUCCUCUCCCUAUAUUAUUACCGCAUUCGGCGGUCCCAAGGCAGCGGAGUCGGUAUAUGCUAUCAAUUGGCGCUGGGGUUAUGGUGCUUGGGCUAUCGUCCUUCCCUUCGUUGCUACUCCUAUGAUUGUCAUGAUGCAGCUGGGUAAGAGAAAGGCAAAGAAGAACGGACUGGUCCUGAAAACGCCCAGCGGUCGUCGCUGGUCCGAAAGCCUGGUCCACUAUUUGAUCGAAUUUGACAUUAUCGGAGUUUUACUUCUGUGCGCUGGCUUCGUCCUCUUCCUGCUGCCGUUCACUCUCGCGGCUUCAUCUCCCGAUGCAUGGGAGUCCGCCCAUAUUAUUGCCAUGCUGGUCGUGGGCUUCGUCCUGCUGGUCGCUUUCGGCUUCUGGGAAAGAUUUGGUGCCCGUCACCCCUUCGUCCCAUGGCACCUGCUGAAAAAUCGCACUGUAAUUGGUGCUUGCUUGCUAGAUGCCAGCUACCAGAUCGCCUAUUACUGCUGGAAUUACUACUUCACCUCUUACUUGCAGGUUGUGUACAACACCUCGCUUGCAUCCGCCGGGUAUAUCUCGAGCGUCUUUGACAUCAUUUCGGGUGUCGAGCUCUUUGCCGUUGGUCUUCUAAUCAGCUUCACCGGUCAUUUCAAGUGGGUGCUUAUGUGGGGCGUUCCGCUGUACAUGCUCGGCGUUGGCUUGAUGAUCUACUUCCGAAACCCUGGCUUUGGUAUAGGCUAUAUCAUCAUGUGCCAAAUUUUCAUUGCCCUGGGUGGUGGUGUUAUCAUCAUUGGUCAACAGGUUGCUGUUAUGGCUGCUGCGGACCAUGACGAUUUGGCUGCACUUUUGGCCUUGUUGGGCCUGUUCGGAACUAUUGGUGGCUCCAUUGGUGGCAGUAUCUCAGGUGCCAUUUGGACUAACACUCUGCCGGGCCUACUCCAGACCAUGCUUCCCGAGGAAUCUGUUGGUCAGUGGCAGGAGAUCUAUGAUGACCUUGCGGUGCAGCUGAGUUUCCCCAUGGGCUCCCCGACUAGAGUCGCGCUUCAAUACGCCUAUGCGGCCACCCAGAAGCGAAUGCUGAUUGCUGGCACUGCAAUCAUGGCCCUGAGUCUGUUCUUCAUGAUGAUGAUCCGCGACAUUAAUGUCAAGAAGAUCCAGCAGACCAAGGGGAUGGUCCUCUAA